UGAUGAUGAAAAUUAUUAAAAGCGGUGGAUAUCGGGUGACGUUGAUUUUUUUUCAUUGGCUGACUCGUGGAUGCCAAGUUUGUUAAACAAGACAUGAAUGAAAAUUUCCGCAUAAACUGCCGAUUUUCCGCAUGGUCGAGCAGCUAAUUAGAUUUAUAAAAAUGGAUCAACUUCAUUAGAACUGCGACGAGUGCUAAAGAAAAUCGAAUACAGUAGAACACAAAGCUGAACAUUUUCCUCUGUUAUCUGCUGACCUCGAUGCUUGUACUUAAUGGAGACAAUGGCAAAAAUCCAUAAGGAACCCCAUUUUGACAUCACUGUCGAUGAGAAUCAUGUCAAUGAAGGUGCUGCAGAGAUAAUAAAAAUUCUUCGACCCACCUGGCCUAUUGAUGAAUAUCGAUUCAAGCUCUUUACCAAUGGGAUAUCAAACAAGCUCGUGGGAGUAUGGUACGACGGGCAUUAUGAUGAGAUGGUCAUGGUACGAGUCUAUGGUCAGAAAACAAACCUCUUCAUUGACCGCAAAGCUGAAACAAGAAACAUUCGGCUGCUGCACGAAGUUGGAUUCACCCAUUGUUUGUAUGCCACAUUCAACAAUGGGAUUGCCUACCAAUUCUUACCGGGGGAUAUUCUUACCGUGGACACCGUGAGGAUCCGAUCUGUGUAUGGAUUAGUUGCCAAAAGAAUGGCACAAAUGCAUAAGUUCAAUCCAAUUCAUCCCAAAAUAAGCAGGGAUCCAUUUAUAUGGGAUAAAACAAAAAAAUUUUUGGAUAUGAUACCCAAGUCAUUCUGUGAUGCUGAAAAGCAAGCGAAAUUUCAGAAUAUAAUUCAAUCCCGCUCGGAAUUGGAAAAAGAAUAUAUUUUAUUAAAAAAAGAGCUGCCAAAACUUAACAGUGCUGUAGUUUUUGCUCAUAAUGAUCUCUUAUUGGGUAAUUUGCUCCACAACAAAAAUGAACAGACCAUCACAUUCAUAGACUAUGAGUACACUGCUUACAAUUAUCAAGCCUAUGACAUAGCAAACCAUUUUGCCGAAUUCGUGGGCCUGGAUAAUGUAGAUUAUUCUCUUUACCCGGAGGAAAGUUUGCAAAGAGAUUGGCUGAAGAUAUAUCUUCAGGAAUACAACUGUUCUCUAAAUGUGUCAGAAGAUGACAUAACUGAUCUAUACAUGAAAGUUAACCAGUUUGUGCUUCUUGCACAUUUCUUCUGGGGAUGCUGGUCGCUUGUUCAAAGUGAGAAGUCUACUAUUGACUUCGAUUUUUUAGAGUAUGCUGCGAUAAGAUUGAACGAAUACUUCAAGCAUAAAUACCAGACCUUUGCAUCGGAUCUGGAUGGCAACUGAUGGUAUUCGAGUAUUAAACACCAACGAUUAAGUAAUUUUUAUGAUUCAACUAGAAACCUUUUGUGAUAUCGUAUAUUGUUUUAUCAGUGUCGGACAAAUUACCAAAUGUGUGUAUAAGUUUUAUCUUCAGUUAUCAUACCAAUUGUUUUUACACAUUCGACACCAAUGUAUAUGUUAUCUUUAUUAUUAUUUUAUAUAAAAUGUUGAUUCUAUUAUAAUUAUCAUCUGUUCAAAAGUAAUGAUAAAACCAUAUAAAACUCA